AUGGACGUUUGGCCACAGGAUUCCCCAGCCCUGAGACCAAUCCCGGACCGCCACGUGGCCUUUGAAUCUGCGCGAGCCCGCGGGUUGCCGCCGUUCGUCGGAUUUAUUCCCCGGGAGUCUAGAUCGACGGCCAUGAUUUGCACCAGCGCCCAGCCGUUCGAUCGGCCAUCCAACGGGCCUUGUCAUAGUCGCGUGAUCGCGCAGCAGGAGCAAUACCAGCAGCAGCUAUGGCGGCCUUCCGGCGAGCUGCUGCAUCUCCUCACCGAGGGAAAGCGCCAGGCGGCCGAUUUGGAGGAGCUCCACGGCGGCGGGCGCUAUCAAUCCAGCUCCAGUGCCGAGGAAGAAGCCAUGGUUUCCAAGAGGCAAGCCCCCGCGGUGUGGAGGCCUCCCAUUGGAAUGAAGCCCAAUUGCCCGCUAGCUCCGCCGGUGAUAGACGAGUGGCAACUGUGCAAACAAGAAGAACCCAGCGCUUUGCUUCUCGCUGGAGAGAAGAGGAGUGAUGAUAGCAGUGGCCAGCGAGUACAGGGAAACCAUUUCCACAAUGGUGGGAGGGGCAGCCCAAGUGAUCUUUCCAACUUAAUGGGGUCACGGACGAAUUCUUCUUCCGGCAAUGCACAUCAUCUGGACAGUGAAAGGAACGAUCUCUCCACGACGACGGACGAGGAACUCAUGCCGGCUCCUAGAACGGCCUUUGCAGAUCCCACCAAGCUUUUCCAAGCGAGUUCGUCGUCACCAUUUUCCAGCAGUGGAAGACGAGAGGAAGAUAGUCAGGGUGGCAAACUUCCGUCACCUUUUAUCAAGCAGCAGGCAGUGCCGCCGACUCCACUGUUUUCUGGGCUUGGGAGUGUGAGUUUUGGAUCCGGUGCCGGAUUCCUCAAGCCUCCAGCGACCAACGUUUUCGCUCACAGCCCUCCGUUGGCAUUUGGAAGGAUUCUACGUAACUCUUCUGACGAAGAGCUGCCAAACCAGGACCAAGUUCCACCGCAAGUUUCGACCGUGAAGCAUUUGAGCUCCACGAAUUCGGCAUCUGAGAAAGGGAGCUCUGACUCACAGACUGGGAAAACAGCCGUGGCCACUGAAUCGAACGGAGGGUUCAAACCGAGUGGCCUGGCAGGCAAGAGCUUGGUACCGGAAUCUCCAGCCAAAGCAGGGAAAAGCACUUCUGGCCGGAAACUGCGAACGAGACCUUUGGAUCUUCUGAUGAACGCACUUCAGGGUGAUGCUCCGGCCAAGGCUACCAGGCUUGGGUCCAGGAUAUCCAAUUCUGGAGCUCAGCUCAAUACUUCAUCGUCAGCGCGGGACGCCGGCGCUGGAGCUCAGGAUGGUCCGGCUCAAACCGCCAACACUCGGAACUCAUCGGCCUCGCGAGCUCCGAAACCGACGAGAAAUUCGGCCAGGCAGGAAAGCUUACAAAAGCAGGAACAGGAUCGUCAACAGCAACAAGAGCAGCAGCAGCAACGAAAGGGAGCGUUUUUCGUGCACACGGGUGUCUGGAUUGUACAAAAGAAAUCCUCCAGGCAUACCAAGAGCGCGUUUAGGAAGAAAAGCUCGGAGGAGGAGCAGAACCAGAUCGUUCCAGUCGCAAGCCAUCGCCGGCAAGCUCCAUCAAAGACCAGGAAUGGACACCACCCUCAACAGGGGACGACGGUGGGGACGACGACGACGACGACAAGGCCAACGUCAACGAAAAAGCGAUCUCUCACUGCGAUCAGCACGCCACAGCAGCCGGAACCAAAGCAGCCGAGGAGAAGCCAGUCGAAAGCUCGAAAUGGCCACCAAGAACAAGCCGCUGCUCGAGCCGCGAUCAAAGCUGGCCGUAAAGAGAGACGAGGCGAUGACGAACAGGAAGAGCAAGGAGAUGGAGAACAAGAGGAAGAAGAAGAAGAAGAGGACGAAUCUCUCGUUGUCACGAAAGCUCCACUCGUUCGAUCCAAGCGUGGAAGACCCCGAGCUUUACCGACGAGGCUACGAGACUCGGUGGUAGUAAACAAGGUGAAGAAGCCAACGAGGAAAGAAACCAAGUGA